GUAGUUCCCUUUCUGCAAAUUGUUUUUCCACCCCAUGAUGCUCUCGAACAGCUGUUGAUUCCAAGAUGACGGAUCCUACAACAUUGCCGGAGGAUCACUGGAUCAAAAACGAUGGGGCUUUCAGUGACAAUGGAUUUGACCACAGUUUCUUUGCUGAGAAUGCAAGGAAGAGUACUGUGGUCUCCAGGGCUAACAGCAUCGGGUCCACAAGUGCCUCAUCAGUACCAAAUACAGAUGAUGAAGACAGUGACUACAGGCAUGAGACCACAUACAAGGAGUCCUACAAAGACCGGCGGAGACAGGCACACACACAGGCCGAGCAGAAACGACGGGAUGCUAUCAAGAAAGGAUAUGAUGAUCUACAGUCCAUAGUGCCCACCUGCCAGCAGCAGUCUGAGUUUGCUGUGGGGACACAGAAGAUCAGCAAGGCCACAGUGCUGCAGAAAACCAUCGACUACAUCCAGUUUCUGCACAAGGAGAAGAAGAAGCAGGAGGAGGAAAUGUCUAUGUUGAGGAAGGAAGUGAUGGCACUGAAGAUCAUGAAAACGAACUAUGAGCACAUAGUGAAUGCCCACCAGAACAACCCUCAGCAGGGGGAGGAGCAGGUGUCGGACCAGGUCAAGUUCAGCGUGUUUCAGAGCAUCAUGGACUCCCUGUUCCAGUCCUUCAGCAGCUCAGUGUCUGUGGCCAGCUUCCAGGAGCUGUCCGCUUGCGUCUUCAGCUGGAUCGAGGAGCACUGCAAGCCUCAGACAUUGCGUGAGUUUGUGGUGGGAGUUCUCCGGCAGCUCAACAGCCAGCUGUAUUAAUGCUGGCCAGGUGUAAACUCUGGACAGGAAUCUCCCCUCAGGGAUGGAGCUGAGGCCUACCCUGGGUUCUCAGGUUGAUAUGUGAGGUCUCUACCAGACCCUAUCUUGUUCCCUCCUGGUCUGCAGUAUUUAAAUCGUUAACUCUUACUCAACUCACCACCAGGGUCUGCAACAGGGUUGGGUGUUUCCUGUCUAGUCAGGUCAAAUCCAGCCCAGCAUUCUGUCUGUGGUUUUAGUCGUCAGGGGUUCUCCUCAUUGCAGAAUAGAGUUGUGUUCAACGAGGCAAAUGGCCACUAUUGCUUGUAAACGUUCCGUAAUGUUUACAUUCACCACAAAUUGUUAAUUGUUCCAUUUUGAACAACAACAAAAAAAAAAAUCUGUUCCAGUGUUCAAACCAGCAUAAAGUUGUGAACCAGUUCGAAUCAAAUCCAAGACUGUCUGCAACAUGAGAUAAAAUGUAGAAUUCAAACAAGUUGUGAUGGUAUUUGAGAAUUGUUAAAUGUUUGCUGUUGUGACAGAAUCAAGCAUAUUUGUAAAUCUGUUACUGCAGCUUAUCGCCUUUUCAUAAUCUUUAUUGGCAAAAAGACACGGUAGAAUAGUGAUUUAAUGAAUAGUUCUGUAUUAAACAUGGUUUUUAAACAGUAUCUCUGAACCAAAAACUCUGGCCAGGAUUCAAUCAGAUUAGCGGUAAAUGCAUAGCUUAUCAUUGCUUUUUAGGUGGUGUUGGAGGUGUAACUCCGUUAGAGCUGUCAAAUCCACAAGAAGCUCCUGGCUUUAACUAUAACUGCCAUUGGAUGCACCGAGUAACAUUAGUAGAAAACCCGUGCAGCCAUGUUACAAAUUAUAACACUGAAAUGUGUGAUACCUACACCUCGAUUAGGCUUGUACAAAUCCCGAUUUCAUUUAAUGAUUGAGUGUCAUUUCAAUAUAGGCUACACUUUCUUGUUCUGAACUUCCAAGGUGGGUGGGAUAUAUGGACGGGUGUGGUUUUAUAAUGACCACAAGAGCUGCCGAUUUGACAGCUCUUGACACCACCUAAACAAAAGCAAUGUGUUUGUUGGCUGACGCAGGUUACCAUAGAUCUGAUUGAAUCCUGGCCUUAAACAGUCAAGAAUGUAAAAAUUAAUGUGAAUGAUAAUUUAUUUGUACAAUGUGCUCAGGAGAACUUGUACCAAAUGUAUCAGGACCUUCUGGUAAACUUAACAGAUGUGAAUGUUUAAUCUGUAAUCACCUGACUUUAAAAAGGGAUUAUUUUAUACGACAAGUCUCUGUGCUGGUAUAAAUAAAUCAGGUCUACUGUUA